AUGUCGCUGUUCUCGUGCAAGUCGUGGUGGAGCACUAGGUGUGGGCAGGAGGAGGAGUUCGACGUCGGAUGCAUGGCGGUCGGGGACGCGGACAACGACCCUGCGCGGAUGCUGGAGGUCGUCGUGGGGUCUUUCGACGGCCUGCUGCGCGUGUUCCGGCCCGUGGCGGAGGGGUUCCGCGCGGAGCACCUCCUCAUCGAACAGAACAUCGGGGAGCCGAUCAUAGGCGUCGCGGUCGGCCGCUUCUGGACCGACGGGCUGCUGCACAUCGCGGCGCUGCACCCGCGGUCGCUCGCGAUCUACACGCUGUCCUCGCAGCAGCAGGCGUACGAGAUUCGGAAGGAGCACGAGCACCAGCUCGAACACACCGCCGCCAACAUGGCGCAGGGCGAGUUCGGCCGGACGCGCGGGGGCUCGGAGAUGCUGUGCGUGCAGUCGAUGGACGGCCAGCUCUCGUUCUUCGAGGGCCGCAAGAAGGUCUUCCACGUCUACCUGUCUGGCUUCCUCGUCCCGGGACCGCUGGCGUACCUGCCGGCGACGGACAGCAUCCUGACCGCGAACUCCGCGUUCGAGGUCGAGUGCUACUCGUACCAGACGCUCGCGAGCGCGGUGUCCGAGAAGGUCGGGGCCGCGGGGAACCCCCUGGGGUCGCCCGAGAGCGCAAAAGACGAGAAGGCGCUCAAGGGGCAGAAGCGGCUGCUGCCGGCGUGGAAGGUGGUCGUGGGGGAGAACGCGCUGGACAUGCGGACCGCGCCGCCGCUGCGGCCGCAGAUGGACCCGCUGCGGAGCCAGGGCGACAUCCUCGUGCUGUGCAACCACGCGGUGUGGUGCUUGACGAGCCAGGGAGACGCCCGGUGGAUGAAGCGCCUGGACUACGACCCCACGGCGCUGCACGUCGUUCCGACGGACCCGCAAGUCACGGGCGUCAACUACCACUGCAUGAUCGCCACGCACACAGGCGCGCUGAUGCUGUACCGGGAGGGCCGUCUGGUGUGGUCGGCGAAGAGCGAGAAGGUCCCCGUGUGCCUGACGACGGGCAGCUUCGGCGGAAUCCCCGGCAUCGUCGUCGCCCUGGACGAUGAGGGCAGUUUGGACCUGUCGUACCUGGGGACAGACCCCCCCCUCAACGUGGUGCAGGUGGUGGACUCGAAGGAUCUGGACUUCGACGCGAUGGACCGCGAGCACCAGGACCUCUUGCAGAAGAUCCGGGAGCACGCGGCGGCGCAGGACCCGUCCGCAGCGGCCCAUGCGCCCUCCCUGCUGCAGCUGCGCACGCAGGUGCCCGUGCUGGCGGACCCGACCGACGACCCGCGCAUGCACGACCCGCUGUCGGGCAUCCGCAACGACGCCCGCUCGCGGUGCGUGACGGCGACGCUCUACGUCACCUACACCGGGGCGCAGUCCACCGGCGGCACGUCGAUCACCGUGGAGUGCCCCGCGGGCGUCUUCGCGGACAACCCGCGCUUCGAGCUGCCCGGGUUCCGCGGCGGGACGUCCACGCCGCAGAUGGCGAAGCUGCGGUUCACGUACGCGGGGGCGCACGUGCCGCCGUCGCGCGUGGCGAAGAUCACGGCGUACUCGCAGACGCCGCAGGGGGAGCCGCGCGUGACGAGCGCGGACGUCGUGCUCCCGCUCGCGCUCUUCGUCGAGCUGGACACCCCCGUGCGCGAGGCCGCCUUCAAGCUGACCAUCUCGACCAACAGAGACCCCCCCCGACUGUCCUCCCUCUUCGACGACGUCCUCCAGAGCACCCCGGGGACCAUGAAGUCGGCCGCGGGGGGCUCCAACGUCCUGACCUUCCGCUUCAUGUCCGGCGAGGACGUCACCAUCAUUGUUUCGAAAAACGCCGGAAGAUACCGCAUCCAGUCCGACACGUUCCACGCCAUGUGGCUGGUCGUCGAGGAGCUCCGCACGCGCCUGCGCGAGCUCUACAAGCACGACACGGGCGAGGAGCCCUUCUCGGUGUCGUACGAGGAGCCUCUGCCGCUCGCAGACGUAUUCGAUUGCGUGGACAAGCACUUCGACGUUCGGAGGCGCUUGUCGCAGCUGGGGUCGCAGCUGGAGUCGCGCGUCGCGUUUCUGCGCUCCGUGCAGAAGCGGCUGCUCGUGCGGUUCCGCGACAAGGCCCCGGAGCCCCUGCGGCACCUGGACACGCUGCUGUCGUCCACCAUGGGCCAGGUGGAGAGCAUGGCGGCGAACGUCGAGGCGUGCCAGCGCGAGCAGCAGACUGCGCGGUGGGAGCUCGCGGGCGCGGUGCGGCUCCUGGUGCAUCUCUGCGGGAUGCAGUUUGGCCUGUCUGAGAGCAAGGAGCGCGACCUGAGCACGUACUUGCCGGCCGAGGUGCCGGAGACGCCGACGCAGGGGUGGGAGGAGGCGGUCGAGGCGUCGAUGGGGCACCUGCUGCGGACGACGAUGGCCAAGGGCGGCGACGGCGCGACGGUGGCAAAGCCACUGGAGGAAUUAGAGGACACCAGUCUGCUGAAGCGGCACAUGUCGAUGGUGCUGGAGAGGCUGGGGCAGGGCAUGACGCUGACGGCGGACGAGGAGUGA